AUGGCGACGCCGCCUCCCGAGGCUCCUGCUCUUGUCAAGGAGGACAAGCCUCAACUGCCGCCGUCGCCGAAUGGAGCUUCUGCUACUGAUGUUGAUCGUACAAGUCCCCAGAAUGGCGUAACGGAUAUCCAGCCCAGCGCUCCCAUCAAUGGAACAGAAAAGGCGGUGGAGGACAACAAGCCCACUGCGGUGAAUGGUCACGCUUCUGAGAAAUCCCCUUUGACAAAUGGCGCUGGAACCACCGUCUCCCCCCCGAAGUCACCUACCCAGCCGCCUGCCGAUGCGAUCGCUCAUUCGACGACAGCAGCAGCAGAAGGCAAACCGUUGAGUCCCAAGACUGCGGACACAACAGAGAAGACUUCCGCCAAUGCCGAAUCCACACCCAGUGCGCCCGUCGCACAGAAACCGGUGUCGACUGACCUGGGGGAGAAAUCUACAUCUCAGGAAACACAGGCAUCGCAAGCUGUAUCAAAGCCACCAACUGAUACACCGUCUGAUGCCAAAGUGGAGAACAAUGAACAAGAUUCUGCUACUGUAAAGACAGAGCUCCCUCACCAUCCUUCUACCACCGUUCACCAGGACAUGGCACCCCGUAAUGUCGCUCCCCGGGAUGCUCCCUCUGUGCCACCCCUGAAAGCCGUUGAUCAGGACAUGCCUGACGCGCCAGAUGUCCCUCUCUCGCCCACCAAAGUAUCUCGGGAGCGCGAUGCCGAUACUGGUGACGAGCCUUCCGCCAAACGUACCAAGCUGGAGGGAGAGGGAUUGACGGCGCCUGCGAUCAAGCUUCCUUCCUUACCCACACCUGUGACGAAGUCAUCUGCCAAACUUGUCUCCAAUGGUGAGGCGGCUAUGACCAAGGUCCAACAUAAAUUUCUUCUGAAAGGAAUUCAAAGCUUGAAGCGCAUGAAUGACGCGCGCUUCUUCCGAGAGCCUGUCGAUCCUAUCAAGAUGAAUAUCCCACAUUAUCCCCAAAUCAUCAAGCAUCCCAUGGAUCUCGGGACGAUCGAGCGCAAGCUGAAGAACAAUGAAUACAAGGCGGCCCAAGCCGUAGUGAAUGAUUUCCAUCUGAUGGUUCAAAACGCGGUGACUUUCAAUGGGCCCGAUCAUCUGGUGUCCCAGGAGGGUAUGAAACUCCAGGGCACAUUCGAGAAGCAAAUGGUCAAUUUGCCUAAGCCUGACGAGGUUGAAGAGAAGAAGUCCAAAAAGGCUUCCACCAAGACUUCAGCAGCCCGACGGGAACCGCGCACCAGCAUUGGAACCCCGACCGCUCCUCGUCCCACUGGUGGUUCUCCUCAGGCCACGACUUUCGCUUUGGGCCCGGAAGGCUUGCCUCUCAUUCGGCGUGACUCGACCAACACAGACGGUCGCCCUAAGCGUUCAAUCCAUCCACCCAAACGCGAUUUGCCUUACUCUACCAAACCCAAGAAGAAGAAGUUCCAGUGGGAAUUACGGUUCUGUCAGGAAGUCCUGGAUGAGCUCCACAAACCCAAGUUUUAUACCUGGGCAGCACCUUUCUAUUUCCCCGUGGACCCGGUUGCUUUAAACAUUCCAACCUACCACAGCAUCAUCAAGAAACCAAUGGAUCUUUCUACUGUUCAGUCAAAACUUAAGACCGGUCAGUACGAGAAUGCUAAGGAAUUCGAGGUCGACGUACGUCAGAUCUUCAAGAACUGUUUCAAGUUCAACAUUCCCGGUGAUCCUACAUACAUGGCUGGACAGAGAUUUCAGGAGAUUUUUGAGAACAAAUGGGCUCAAAAGUCCCGUUAUCUUGAGGCACACGAACCCCACCCCGAACACCAGAGCGUCAGUUCUUCCGAGGAGGAAAGUGGAGAGGAGGAAGAAGAUAGUGAUUAUCAUGACAACGAGAAGUUGAGCAUGCUGCAGAAGCAGAUUGAGGAGAUGUCACGCCAAGUCGAAGCUAUUACACAGAAGAAAAAGAAAACUCCCCCGGGGUUGAAGAAAGUCGGCAAGUCUAAGGCUGGAAAGAAGGAUUCGAAGAAGCUCGCAACUGCUGUUGGUUUGAGUAAGAAGGACAAGAAGACGUCUGUCAAGCCCUCCAAGCCAGAGAAACAGCGCUAUGUGACAUAUCAUGAGAAGCAGAUAAUCUCCAACGGGAUCAGCAGUCUUCCGGAUAAGAAGAUGCAGGAAGCUCUCAAGAUCAUCCAGAGCAAUGUCCCAGCUCUCAAGGGUACACAAGAAACUGAAAUUGAACUCGAUAUCGAUGAGCUUCCUAAUGAUGUUUUGUUGAUGCUCCUCAAGUUCGUCAAGAAGAAUGCUCCACACGUCAUGGAAGAGGAGGACAUGGUCCUACCAUCUGCAGCGAACGUACCGGCCCCAAAGCCGAAGAAGAACAAGCCCAUGAGCAAGUAUGAGCAGGAAGCUCAAAUCAACAUGCUCGAAAGCAAUCUGUCUCGUUUCCAAGGUGGCGGCGGCGGCCGUUCUCCAGACCUGCUUCCAUCUGUUGAAGCGAAUGACAGCAGCGAUGACUCAGAUGACGAUUCUGAGGAAAGCGAGGAAGAGUAA